AUGGACCCCUCCUCGUUCAGCGGCGCGCCCCGCUUCCUCACCAGGCCCAAGGCCUUCGCGGUGUCGGUGGGGAAGGACGCCACGCUGAGCUGCCAGAUCGUGGGCAACCCCCGCCCGCAGGUGAGCUGGGAGAAGGACCGGCUGCCCGUGGAGGCGGGCGCGCGCUUCCGCCUGGCGCAGGACGGCGACGUGUACCGCCUCACCAUCCUGGACCUGGCGCUGGGCGACAGCGGGCAGUACGUGUGCCGCGCGCGCAACGCCGUCGGCGAGGCCUUCGCGGCCGUGGGGCUGCGCGUGGACGCCGAGGCCGCGUGCGCCGAGCAGGCCCCGCACUUCCUGCUGCGGCCCACGUCCAUCCGCGUGCGCGAGGGCGCCGAGGCCACGUUCCGCUGCCGCGUGCGCGGCUCGCCGCCGCUGGCCGUGAGCUGGGCCAAGGACGGGCGGCGCCUGGGCGCGCCCGACGCGCCCCGCGUGCGCGUGGAGGGCCGCGCGGAGGCCGGCGGCGAGGCCAGCGCGCUGCGCAUCCGGGCGGCGCGGCCGCGCGACGGCGGCACCUACACGGUGCGCGCCGAGAACCCGCUGGGCGCCGCCUGCGCCGACGCGGCGCUCGCGGUGGACGCGGACGCGGACGCGGCGGGCCCGCCCGGGGCCUCCACGGCCGCGCUCCUGGCGCACCUGCAGCGGCGGCGCGAGGCCAUGCGCGCGCCCGGCGCCCCGGCCUCGCCGCCCGCGCCCGGCGGCACGCGCACCUGCACGGUGACGGAGGGCAAGCACGCGCGCCUCAGCUGCUACGUGACGGGCGAGCCCAAGCCCGAGACGGCGUGGCGGAAGGACGGGCAGCCGGUGGCCGAGGGCCGGCGCCACGUGGUGUACGAGGACGCGCAGGAGAACUUCGUGCUCAAGAUCCUCUUCUGCAAGCAGUCGGACCGCGGCCUCUACACCUGCGCCGCGUCCAACCUGGUGGGCCAGACCUACAGCUCCGUGCAGCUCGUCGUGCGGGAGCCCGCCGUGCCCUUCAGGGAGCGGCUGAAGGACAUAGAGGUGCGGGAGAAGGAGUCGGCCACAUUUCGUUGUGAGGUGCCACAGGCCGCCACACAGGCCACCUGGUACAAGGAGGAGACGCGGCUGUGGGCCAGUGCCAAGUACGGCAUCGAGGAGGCAGGCACUGAGCGCCGCCUGACUGUGCAUGAUGUCUCCGCGGAUGACGAUGCCGUCUAUGUGUGCGAGAUGGCUGAGGGCAGCCGAACAGUGGCCGAGCUCUCAGUGCAAGGCAACCUCAUCCGGAAGCUCCCUAGGAAGACUGCAGUUCGUGCUGGUGACACGGCCAUGUUCUGGGUGGAGUUGGCCAAGCCCGAGGGCCCCAUCCGCUGGCUGCGCAACCAGGAAGAGGUGGUGCCUGGAGGCCGUGUGAGCAUCACAAGCGAGGGCUCCUGUCAUACACUGACCAUCUCCCAGUGCAGCCUGGAGGACAUGGGCGAGGUGGUGUUUGUGGCUGGGGAUUGCCGGACCUCCACCCAGUUCUGUGUGUCAGCCCCCAGGAAGCCGCCUCUGUAUGCCCCAGAGACUCCUGUGGUGAAGUCCAAGACAGAGGGCUCUGUGACUCUCAGCUGGUCCCCACCACCACAUGGGGACCGCCCUGUUCCCAUCAAUGGCUAUCUGGUGGAGAAGAGAAGACUUGGAGCCUAUGCCUGGAGCCGAUGCCACGAGGCUGAAUGGGUGGCCACGUCUGAAGUGACCGUAGCGGGUGUGGCCCAGGAAGGGGACUAUCAGUUCCGGGUGUCAGCUGUGAACAACUUUGGCCAGAGCCCCUACCUUGAGUUCCCAGGGACCAUACACCUGACUCCGCAACUGGCCGUGAAGACGCCCCUAAAGGCAGUGGAGGCAGUAGAGGGCAGUGAAGUGACCUUUUCUGUGGACCUCACUUUGGUCUCGGCGGGCGAGUGGUUCCUGGAUGGGCAAGUCCUGAAGGCCAGUAACGUGUACGAGAUCCGCUGUGAUGGCACUCGGCAUGUCCUCACCAUCCAUGCAGUGCCCGCUAGCCUGCAUGGUGCUGAGCUCAAGUUUGUGGCCAACGGCAUUGAGAGCAGUAUCCGCAUGGAGGUCCGAGCAGCCCCAGAACUGCCCACAAAGCACCCAGCAGCUGCACAGGAGGUGCUUGUCCGACUGCACGAGGAGGCGAAGCUCCUGGCUGAGCUGUCAGACCAGGCUGCGGCUGUGACGUGGCUGAAGGAUGGCCGUGUACUGCCCCCAGGCCCCAAGUAUGAAGUGCAGGCCAUGGACAGUCGGCGGGUGUUACUGGUGCGGGACGUGGUGCGGGACGAUGCCGGCCUCUAUGAGUGUGUCAGCCGUGGGGACCGUCUUGCCUACCAGCUGUCUGUGCAAGGGCUUACAUCCUUCCUGCACAAAGACUCGACGGGGGGCUGUGUGGAUGCAGUGGCUGGGGGCCCUGUCUAUUUCGAGUGUCAGACCUCAGAGUCCCAGGCCCAUGUGUGCUGGUACAAGGAUGGCAAAGAGCUCAGCCGUUCCAGCCAGCACUUCACAUUGGAGGACCAGGGCACGUGGCACCGGCUGCGAGCUACCUCGGUUACCAGGCAGGAUGAGGGCACUUACUCGUGCCGUGUGGGUGAGGACUCUGUGGACUUCCAGCUGCGUGUUCAUGAGCCCAAGGCGGUGUUUGCCCAGGAGCAGCAAGCAGGCCAGGUGGUGCAGGCUGAGGCGGGGGCCAGCGCCACCCUGAGCUGCAAGGUGGCUGAAGCCCAGACAGAAGUGACGUGGUUCAAGGACGGGAAGAAGCUGAGUGAGAGCUCGAAAGUGCGUGUGGAGGCCCAGGGCUGCACGCGGCGGCUGGUGGUGCAGCAGGCGGGGAAGGCGGAUUCUGGGGAGUACAGCUGUGAGGCCGGGGGCCAGAAGCUCUCCUUCCGCCUGGAUGUCACAGAGCCCAAGGCGGUGUUUGCCAAGGAGCAACCAGCAGGCCAGGUGGUGCAGGCCGAGGCGGGGGCCAGCGCAACCCUGAGCUGUGAGGUGGCCCAGGCCCAGACAGAAGUGACAUGGUUCAAGGACGGGAAGAAGCUGAGUGGGAACUCGAAAGUGCGUGUGGAAGCCCAGGGCUGCACGCGGCGGCUGGUGGUGCAGCAGGCGGGGAAGGCAGAUUCUGGGGAAUACAGCUGUGAGGCCGGGGGCCAGAAGCUCUCCUUCCGCCUGGACGUCGCAGAGCCGAAGGCAGUGUUUGCUCAGGGAAAACCAGAAGGCAGGAAGGUGCAGGCGGAGGCGGGGGCCAGCGCCACCCUGAGCUGCGAGGUGGCCCAGGCCCAGACAGAGGUGACAUGGUUCAAGGACGGGAAGAAGCUGAGUGAGAGCUCGAAAGUGCGUGUGGAGGCCCAGGGCUGCACGCGGCGGCUAGUGGUGCAGCAGGCGGGGAAGGCGGAUUCUGGGGAGUACAGCUGUGAGGCCGGGGGCCAGAAGCUCUCCUUCCGCCUGGAUGUCACAGAGCCCAAGGUGGUGUUUGCCAAGGAGCAGCCAGCAGGCCAGAUGGUGCAGGCCGAGGCGGGGGCCAGCGCCACCCUGAGCUGUGAGGUGGCCCAGGCCCAGACAGAGGUGACAUGGUUCAAGGACGGAAAGAAGCUGAGCGGGAGCUCGAAAGUGCGUGUGGAGGCCCAGGGCUGCACGCGGCGGCUGGUGGUGCAGCAGGCGGGGAAGGCGGAUUCUGGGGAGUACAGCUGUGAGGCCGGGGGCCAGAAGCUCUCCUUCCGCCUGGAUGUCACAGAGCCCAAGGCGGUGUUUGCCAAGGAGCAGCCAGCAGGCCAGGUGGUGCAGGCUGAGGCGGGGGCCAGCGCCACCCUGAGCUGCGAGGUGGCCCAGGCCCAGACAGAGGUGACAUGGUUCAAGGACGGGAAGAAGUUGAGUGAGAGCUCGAACGUGCGUGUAGAAGCCCAGGGCUGCACGCGGCGGCUGGUGGUGCAGCAGGCGGGGAAGGCAGAUUCUGGGGAGUACAGCUGUGAGGCCAGGGGCCAGAAGCUCUCCUUCCGCCUGGAUGUCACAGAGCCCAAGGCAGUGUUUGCCAAGGAGCAGGCAGCAGGCCAGGUGGUGCAGGCCGAGGCGGGGGCCAGCGCCACCCUGAGCUGCGAGGUGGCCCAGGCCCAGACAGAGGUGACGUGGUUCAAGGACGGGAAGAAGCUGAGCAAGAGCUCGAAAGUGCGUGUGGAGGCCCAGGGCUGCACGCGGCGGCUGGUGGUGCAGCAGGCGGGGAAGGCGGAUUCUGGGGAGUACAGCUGUGAGGCCGGGGGCCAGAAGCUCUCCUUCCGCCUGGAUGUCACAGAGCCCAAGGUGGUGUUUGCCAAGGAGCAGCCAGCAGGCCAGAUGGUGCAGGCCGAGGCGGGGGCCAGCGCCACCCUGAGCUGUGAGGUGGCCCAGGCCCAGACAGAGGUGACAUGGUUCAAGGACGGAAAGAAGCUGAGCGGGAGCUCGAAAGUGCGUGUGGAGGCCCAGGGCUGCACGCGGCGGCUGGUGGUGCAGCAGGCGGGGAAGGCGGAUUCUGGGGAGUACAGCUGUGAGGCCGGGGGCCAGAAGCUCUCCUUCCGCCUGGACAUCACAGAGCCCAAAGUGGUGUUUGCCAAGGAGCAGGCAGCAGGCCAGGCGGUGCAGGCCGAGGCGGGGGCCAGCGCCACCCUGAGCUGCGAGGUGGCCCAGGCCCAGACAGAGGUGACAUGGUUCAAGGACGGGAAGAAGCUGAGUGGGAGUUCGAAAGUGCGUGUGGAGGCCCAGGGCUGCACGCGGCGGCUGGUGGUGCAGCAGGCAGGGAAGGCGGAUUCUGGGGAGUACAGCUGUGAGGCCGGGGGCCAGAAGCUCUCCUUCCGCCUGGACGUCACAGAGCCCAAAGUGGUGUUUGCCCAAGAGCAGCCAGCAGGCCAGGUGGUGCAGGCCGAGGCGGGGGCCAGCGCCACCCUGAGCUGCGAGGUGGCCCAGGCCCAGACAGAGGUGACGUGGUUCAAGGAUGGGAAGAAGCUGAGCAAGAGCUCAAAAGUGCGUGUGGAGGCCCAGGGCUGUACGCGGCGACUGGUGGUGCAGCAGGCGGGGAAGGCGGAUUCUGGGGAGUACAGCUGUGAGGCCGGGGGCCAGAAGCUCUCUUUCCGCCUGGACGUCACAGAGCCCAAGGUGGUGUUUGCCAAGGAGCAGGCAGCAGGCCAGGUGGUGCAGGCCGAGGCGGGGGCCAGCGCCACCCUGAGCUGUGAGGUGGCCCAGGCCCAGACAGAGGUGACGUGGUUCAAGGACGGGAAGAAGCUGAGCAAGAGCUCGAAAGUGCGUGUGGAGGCCCAGGGCUGCACGCGGCGGCUGGUGGUGCAGCAGGCGGGGAAGGCGGAUUCUGGGGAGUACAGCUGUGAGGCCGGGGGCCAGAAGCUCUCCUUCCGCCUGGACGUCACAGAGCCCAAGGCGGUGUUUGCCAAGGAGCAGCCAGCAGGCCAGGUGGUGCAGGCCGAGGCGGGGGCCAGCGCCACCCUGAGCUGCGAGGUGGCCCAGGCCCAGACAGAGGUGACGUGGUUCAAGGACGGGAAGAAGCUGAGCGGGAGCUCGAAAGUGCGUGUGGAGGCCCAGGGCUGCACGCGGCGGCUGGUGGUGCAGCAGGCGGGGAAGGCGGAUUCUGGGGAGUACAGCUGUGAGGCCGGGGGCCAGAAGCUCUCCUUCCGCCUGGACAUCACAGAAUCCAAGGCGGUGUUUGCCAAGGAGCAGGCAGCAGGCAAAGAGGUGCAGGCCGAGGCGGGGGCCAGCGCCACCCUGAGCUGCGAGGUGGCCCAGGCCCAGACAGAGGUGACGUGGUUCAAGGACGGGAAGAAGCUGAGCGGGAGCUCGAAAGUGCGUGUGGAGGCCCAGGGCUGCACGCGGCGGCUGGUGGUGCAGCAGGCGGGGAAGGCGGAUUCUGGGGAGUACAGCUGUGAGGCCGGGGGCCAGAGGCUCUCCUUCCGCCUGGAUGUCACAGAGCCCAAGGUGGUGUUUGCCAAGGAGCAGGCAGCAGGCCAGGUGGUGCAGGCUGAGGCGGGGGCCAGCGCCACCCUGAGCUGCGAGGUGGCCCAGGCCCAGACAGAGGUGACAUGGUUCAAGGACGGGAAGAAGCUGAGCGGGAGCUCGAAAGUGCGUGUGGAGGCCCAGGGCUGCACGCGGCGGCUGGUGGUGCAGCAGGCGGGGAAGGCGGAUUCUGGGGAGUACAGCUGUGAGGCCGGGGGUCAGAAGCUCUCCUUCCGCCUGGAUGUCGCAGAGCCUGAGCCCCCCGCCGCGGAGAGGCCAGGUCGCAGGGAGCCCCUGGUGGUCAGGGAGCAUGAGGACAUCGUCCUGUCAGCCACACUGGCUGCCCCCUCUGCGGCCACAGUGAUUUGGCUGAAAGACGGGGUGGAGAUUCGUCGCAGCAAACGGCAUGAGAUGGCCAGCCAGGGGGUCAGCCACACCCUGACGGUGCGGGGCGCCCAGAGCCUGGACAGUGCUGUAUACAGCUGUCGUGUGGGCACCAGUGGGCAAGACUUCCCAGUGCAGGUGGAAGAGGUAGCUGCCAAGUUCUCUAGGUCUCUGGAGUCUGUGAGUGGGGAGCUGGGUGGCACCGUGACCCUCUCCUGUGAGCUGAGCCCUGAGCAGGCUGAGGUGGUGUGGCGCUGUGGUAACACCCAGCUGCGGCCUGGCAAGCGCUUCCAGAUGGUGGCAGAGGGACCCCGACGCAUGCUCAUGGUGUCGGGCUUGCGGGCAGAGGAUGCGGGCGAGUAUGUCUGCGAGAGCCGUGACGACCGCACCAGUGCACGUCUUGUGGUCAGCGUUCCCCGCGAGGUCAAGUUCGUGUCUGGGCUGAGUGCCCUGGUUGCAGAGGAGGGCUGUGAGGCUACCUUCCAGUGUGUGGUCUCCCCUGCCGAUGCUCUGGUCACCUGGUUCCGGGAGGGUGCCCAGCUGCAGCCCAGCACCAAGUUUGUCAUAUCGCAGAGUGGCGGCAGCCACAGCCUGACCAUCUCAGACCUGACCCUGGAGGACGCAGGCCAGAUCUCUGUGGAGGCAGAGGGUGUCAGAUCUGUUGCUGCUCUGCGGGUCCGAGAAGCCCCCGUGUUGUUUAAGAAGAAGCUGGAGCCCCAGACAGUGGAGGAGAGGAGCUCGGUGACCAUGGAGGUAGAGUUGACACGACCGUGGCCAGAGGUGAAAUGGACGCGCAACGCAGCCACUUUGGCUCCAAGUGAGAAUGUGGAGAUCCAUGCUGAGCAAGUGAACCACCGCCUGGUGCUCCGCAGCGUGGGCUUUGCCGACCGUGGCUUCUAUGGCUGUGAGACGCCAGACGAUAAGACACAGGCCAAGCUCUCGGUGGAAAUGCGACAGGUCCGGCUUGUGCGGGGCCUGCAGGCCAUGGAGGCACGGGAGCAGGGCACGGUCACCAUGGAGGUGGAGCUGUCCCACUCAGAGGUGGAGGGCAGCUGGACGCGUGACGGCUUGCGACUGCAACCGGGACCCUUGUGCCAGGUGGCAGCACAUGGCACCACCCACACCCUCAUCCUCUCCGGGCUGCAGCCUCAGGACGGUGGCCUGAUCGCUUUUAAGGCAGAGGGCGUGCACACUUCUGCACGGCUGGUGGUCACAGAGUUACCUGUGAGAUUCAGCCGCCCGCUGCAGGAUGUGGUUGCCACAGCAAAGGACAAGGUGACCCUGCAGUGUGAGCUCUCCCGCCCCAACGUGGAUGUCCGCUGGCUGAAGGAUGGUGUGGAGCUUCAGGCCAGCAAGACGCUGACCAUGACAUCCCAGGGCACCUGCCGGAGCCUGGUCAUUUACCACUGUGAGCCUGGGGACCAGGGUGUGUAUGUGUGUGAUGCCCACGAUGCUCAGAGCUCUGCCUCCGUGAAGGUGCAAGGUCGAAAUGUCCAGAUGGUCAGGCUCCUGGAGGACGUGGAGGUGAUGGAGAAGGACAGUGCUUCCUUCUCCUGUGAGGUCUCCCAUGAAGACGUGCCUGCCCAGUGGUUCCGUGAGGGUGUUAAGCUCCGGCAGAGUGACAAUGUGCGCAUUCGCCAAGAAGGAAGGACUUACACUCUGAUCUUCCGGAAAGUUUUGGCAGAAGAUGCAGGGGAAAUCAAAUUUGUAGCAGAAAAUGCAGAGUCUCGAGCUAAACUCCAAGUGAAAGAGCUGCCGGUGACCAUUUUGCGUCCACUGCGGGACAAGAUAGCCAUGGAGAAGCACCGUGGUGUGCUCGAAUGCCAGGUGUCCCGGGCCAGUGCCCAGGUGCGAUGGUUCAAGGGUGGAGUGGAACUGAGACCUGGAUCCAGGUAUGAAAUGGUCAGUGAAGGCCUCUACCGCAAGUUGGUCAUCAGUGACGUGCAGCCUGAGGAUGAGGACACCUAUACCUGUGAUGCAGGAGACGUGAAGACCAGCGCCCAGUUCUUUGUGGAAGAGCAGUCCAUCACCAUUGUGCGGGGUCUGCAGGACAUGACGGUGAUGGAGCCUGCGCCUGCCUGGUUUGAGUGUGAGACAUCCAUCCCCUCAGUGCGGCCACCCAAGUGGCUCCUGGGGAAGACAGUGCUGCAGGCAGGGGCAAAUGUGAUCAUGGAGCAGGCGGGCACGGUGCACCGGCUCACCCUGCGGCACACCUGCUCCACCAUGUCUGGGCCGGUGCAUUUCACCAUCGGCAAGUCCCGCUCCACUGCCCACCUCGUGGUCUCAGACAUCCCCAUGGUGCUGACACGGCCUCUGGAGCCCAAAGCAGGGCGUGAGCAGCAGUCCGUGGUCCUGUCCUGUGACUUCAAGCCACCCCCCAAGGCCGUGCAAUGGUACAAGGAUGACACACCCCUGGCACCAUCAGACAAGUUCAAGAUGAGACUGGAAGGCCACAUGGCAGAGCUGCGUGUCCUCAAGCUCACACCUGCUGAUGCUGGCGUGUACCGGUGCCAGGCAGGCAGUGCCCAAAGCAGCGCUGAGGUCACCGUGGAAACCCGGGAGGUGACCGUGACACAGCCACUGCAGGAUGCAGAGGCCACGGAGGAGAGCCGUGUCUGCUUCUCGUGUGAGCUGUCUCAUGUGGAUGAGGAGGUGGAGUGGUCGCUCAACGGAACCCCCCUGUACAACGAUAGCUUCCACGAGAUCACAAAAGAGGGUCGCCGCCACACCCUGGUGCUGAAGCGAGUCCGGAGGGCAGACACAGGCACUGUGUGCCUCUCCUCCCCCAAGGUGACGGCGAGUGCCCACCUGCAGGUUAGAGAGAAGCCGGUGGUGUUCUUGAAGGCCCUGGACGACGUGUCCGUGGAGGAGCAGGGCACGCUGACUCUGCAGUGUGAGGUCUCAGACCCCGAGGUCCGUGUGGUGUGGCGCAAGGACGGCGUGGAGCUGGGCCCCAGCGACAAGUAUGACUUCCAGCAGACCGCGGGCACGCGGGGGCUUGUAGUGCACGACCUGACCAAGGAUGAUGCCGGCCUGUACACCUGCAGCCUGGGCGCGGAGGAGACCCAGGCCAGGGUUAGCGUGCACGACCUGCACGUCGGCAUCACCAAGAGGCUGAAGACCAUGGAGGUGGUGGAGGGCCAGGGCUGCAGCUUCGAGUGUGUCCUGUCCCACGAGAACACCAGUGACACGGCCAUCUGGACAGUUGGCGGGAAGACAGUGGGAAGCUCUGGCCGCUUCCGGGCCACACGCCAGGGCCGCAAAUAUACCCUGAUGAUCCGAGAGGCAGAGCCUGGCGAUGCUGGGGAGGUGGUCUUCUCUCUGCGGGACCUCACCUCCAAAGCUUCCCUCAUCGUCAAAGAGAGACCGACAGACAUUACAAAGCCCCUGGAGGAUCAACAGGCAGCACCAGGCGAGGAUGUGAUGCUGAGCUGUGAGCUGUCCCGGGUGGGUGCCCAGGUGCGCUGGCUGAAGGACGGAAAGGCCAUUCGCAGGAGUCAGAAGUAUGAGUUGCGCACCGAAGGCAUGCAGGCGGUGCUGGUCAUCCAUGGCGCCUCCCUCCAGGACGCGGGAGAGUACACAUGUGAGGCGGAGGCAUCCAAGAGCACAGCCCGCCUCCGCGUGGAAGAGAAGGCAAACCGAUUCACAGAGGAGCUGGCUGACCUGCAGCUCGAGGAGAAGGGCACAGCCACAUUCCAGUGCAAAACAGAGCGGCCUGCGGCCGUGGUGGUCUGGCGCAAGGGCCUCAUGGAGCUGCGCUCCUCAGCGAAGCACACACUCAGCCAGGAGGGCCUGACCUUGAGGCUCACCAUCAGGGCCCUGGAGAAGGUGGACAGUGACACCUAUACUUGUGACAUUGGCCAGGCUCGCUCCCAGGCCCGGCUUCUAGUGCAAGGCCAGAAGGUACUCAUCUCUGAGGACUUGGAGGAUGCAGAGGUGCAGGAGGGCUCUUCAGCUGUCUUUAGCUGCCGCAUCUCUCCUGCGGACUAUACACCUGUCCGCUGGUUCUUGGACAAGACGCCUCUUCACAACAAUGAUCUCAACGAGGUAGAGGUCCGGCCAGGUGGCUACCAUGUGCUAACGCUGAGGCAGCUGGCGCUCAAGGACUCUGGCACUGUCCACUUUGAGGCAGGUGACCAGCGAACCUCAGCUUCUCUGCGAGUCAUAGAGAGGCCGAGUGUCUUCUCCCGGGAGCUCACAGAUGUCACCAUUACGGAGGGUGAGGAUCUAACCCUCAGCUGUGAGACCACCACUUUGGACAGCCCCUGCUGGACCAAGGAUGGAAAGGCCCUGCGGCCCUCAACCAGAUGCCAGCUGAGUCACGAGGGUGGCCGGGCCCAGCUGGUCAUCAAGGCGGCCACCCUGCAGGACGGUGGUCGCUACAAGUGUGAGGUGGGGGGCGCCUGGAGCAGCUCCAUUGUCAGGGUCCAUGCUCGGCCAGUGCAGUUCCGCGAGGGACUGAAGGACAUGGCAGUGCUGGAGGGAGGCGCUGUGACGCUGCGCUGUGUGCUGUCGUCUGUGGCUGCUCCCGUGGAGUGGCGGCGUGGCGAUGAGGUGCUGAAGCCUGGGGGCAAGUACAGCCUGCGGCAGGAGGGGCCCGUGCUGGAGCUGGUUGUCCGGAACCUGCGGCCGCAGGACAGUGGGCAGUAUUCCUGCCGCUUUGGGGACCAAGUAACAUUGGCCACUCUCACUGUGAAUGCCCAGGCCGCUGAGUUUGUCGGAAGACUGAGAAGCAAGGAGGCUGUGGAAGGGGAAACAGCCUCACUGUGCUGUGAGCUGAGCAAGGCAGCCCCCGUGGAGUGGAAGAAGGGAUCGGAGACCCUCAGGGCUGGAGGCAGACUCAGCCUGAAGCAGGAUGGAGCCAUGUGUGAACUGCAGAUCCGAGACCUGGCUAUGGAGGAUGCCGGGGAGUACGCAUGCGUGUGUGGGCAGGAACGGACCUCGGCCACGCUGACCGUCAGGGCCCUGCCAGCCAAAUUCACAAAGGACUUGAAGAAGGAAGAUGCCACAGAAGGGGCCACGGCCAGCCUGCACUGUGAGCUGAGCAAGGCAGCCCCCGUGGAGUGGAAGAAGGGGCCCGAGACCCUCAGAGCCGGGGGCAGAUUCAGCCUGAAGCAGGACGGGGCCGUGUGUGAGCUGCAGAUCCGAGACCUGGUUGUGGAAGACGCCGGGGAGUACUCGUGUGUGUGUGGGCAGGAGCGGACCUCUGCCACGCUGACCAUCAGGGCUCUGCCCGCCAAGUUCACAAAGGACUUGAAGAAGGAAGAGGCCACAGAAGGGGCCACGGCCAGCCUGCGCUGUGAGCUGAGCAAGGUGGCCCCCGUGGAGUGGAAGAAGGGGCCUGAGACCCUCAGAGCUGGGGGCAGACUCAGCCUGAAGCAGGACGGGGCCGUGUGUGAGCUGCAGAUCCGAGACCUGGUUGUGGAGGACGCCGGGGAGUACUCGUGUGUGUGUGGGCAGGAGCGGACCUUGGCCACACUGACCGUCAGGGCCCUGCCUGCCAAGUUCACAAAGGACUUGAAGAAGGAAGAAGCCACAGAGGGGGCCACAGCCAGUCUGCGCUGUGAGCUGAGCAAGGCGGCCCCUGUGGAGUGGAAGAAGGGGCCUGAGACCCUCAGAGCUGGGGGCAGACUCAGCCUGAAGCAGGACGGGGCCGUGUGUGAGCUGCAGAUCCGAGACCUGGUUGUGGAGGACACCGGGGAGUACUCGUGUGUGUGUGGGCAGGAGCGGACCUUGGCCACACUGACCGUCAGGGCCCUGCCUGCCAAGUUCACAAAGGACUUGAAGAAGGAAGAAGCCACAGAGGGGGCCACAGCCAGUCUGCGCUGUGAGCUGAGCAAGGUGGCCCCUGUGGAGUGGAAGAAGGGGCCUGAGACCCUCAGAGCUGGGGGCAGACUCAGCCUGAAGCAGGACGGGGCCGUGUGUGAGCUGCAGAUCCAAGACCUGGUUGUGGAGGACGCCGGGGAGUACUCGUGUGUGUGUGGGCAGGAGCGGACCUUGGCCACACUGACCGUCAGGGCCCUGCCUGCCAAGUUCACAAAGGACUUGAAGAAGGAAGAAGCCACAGAGGGGGCCACAGCCAGUCUGCGCUGUGAGCUGAGCAAGGUGGCCCCUGUGGAGUGGAAGAAGGGGCAUGAGACCCUCAGAGCUGGGGGCAGACUCAGCCUGAAGCAGGACGGGGCCGUGUGUGAGCUGCAGAUCCAAGACCUGGUUGUGGAGGACGCCGGGGAGUACUCGUGUGUGUGUGGGCAGGAGCGGACCUCGGCCACACUGACUGUCAGGGCUCUGCCUGCCAAAUUUACAAAGAACUUGAAGAAGGAAGAGGCCACAGAAGGGGCCACGACCAGUCUGCGCUGUGAGCUGAGCAAGGUGGCCCCUGUGGAGUGGAAGAAGGGGCCCGAGACCCUCAGAGCCGGGGGCAGACUCAGCCUGAAGCAGGACGGGGCCGUGUGUGAGCUGCAGAUCCGAGACCUGGUUGUGGAGGAUGCCGGGGAGUACUCGUGUGUGUGUGGGCAGGAGCGGACCUCGGCCACGCUGACCAUCAGGGCUCUGCCCGCCAAGUUCACAAAGGGCUUGAAGAAGGAAGAGGCCGCAGAGGGGGCCAUGGCCAGCCUGCGCUGUGAGCUGAGCAAGACGGCCCCCGUGGAGUGGAAGAAGGGGCCUGAGACACUCAGAGCUGGGGACAGACUCAGCCUGAAGCAGGACGGGGCUGUGUGUGAGCUGCAGAUUCGAGACCUGGUUGUGGAGGACGCUGGGGAGUACUCGUGUGUGUGUGGGCAGGAGCGGACCUCGGCCACACUGACCGUCAGGGCUGUGCCUGCCAAGUUCACAAAGGGCUUGAGGAAGGAAGAGGCCACAGAAGGGGCCAUGGCCAGUCUGCACUGUGAGCUGAGCAAGGCAGCCCCCGUGGAGUGGAAGAAGGGGCCUGAGACCCUCAGAGCCGGGGGCAGACUCAGCAUGAAGCAGGACGGGGCCGUGUGUGAGCUGCAGAUCCGAGACCUGGUUGUGGAGGACGCUGGGGAGUACUCGUGUGUGUGUGGGCAGGAGCAGACCUCAGCCAUGCUGACCAUCAGGGCACUGCCUGCAAAGUUCACAAAGGACUUGAAGAAGGAAGAGGCCACAGAAGGGGCCACGGCCAGCCUGCACUGUGAGCUGAGCAAGGCAGCCCCCGUGGAGUGGAAGAAGGGGCCCAAGACCCUCAGAGCUGGGGACAGACUCAGCCUGAAGCAGGACGGGGCCGUGUGUGAGCUGCAGAUCCGAGACCUGGUUGUGGAGGACGCCGGGGAGUACUCAUGUGUGUGUGGGCAGGAGCGGACCUCGGCCACACUGACCAUCAGGGCCCUGCCUGCCAAGUUCACAAAGGACUUGAAGAAGGAAGAGGCCACAGAAGGGGCCACAGCCUGCCUCUGCUGUGAGCUGAGCAAGGCGGCCCCCGUGGAGUGGAAGAAGGGGCCCGAGACCCUCAGAGCCGGGGGCAGACUCAGCCUGAAGCAGGACGGGGCCGUGUGUGAGCUGCAGAUCCGAGACCUGGUUGUGGAAGACGCCGGGGAGUACUCAUGUGUGUGUGGGCAGGAGCGGACCUCUGCCACGCUGACCGUCAGGGCCCUGUCUGCCAAGUUCACAAAGGGCUUGAAGAAGGAAGAGGCCACAGAGGGGGCCACGGCCAGCCUGCGCUGUGAGCUGAGCAAGGCAGCCCCUGUGGAGUGGAAGAAGGGGCCUGAGACCCUCACAUCUGGGGACAGACUCAGUCUGAAGCAGGACGGGGCCGUGUGUGAGCUGCAGAUCCGAGACCUGGUUGUGGAGGACGCUGGGGAGUACUCGUGUGUGUGUGGGCAGGAGCGGACCUCAGCCACGCUGACCAUCAGGGUGCCCCAGGUGGGGUUCCGGGAGCCGCUGCAGAGCCUGCAGGUUGAGGAGGGCGCACCUGCUUGCCUGCGCUGUGAGCUCUGGGGACCUGGCACUUCCGUGGUCUGGAGCAAGGCCGGCCUAGAGCUGCAGGCUGAUGGGCGCCGAGAGCUGCGGAGACAAGGGCCCGUGGCAGAGCUGGUGCUGCGGGAGGCGCGCAGGGAAGACGCAGGGGAAUACACUUGCACCUGUGAUGCCCAGACCACCAGUGCCACCCUCAUGGUCACGGCUGCGCCUGUGAGGUUUGUUCAGGAGCUGCAGGCCCAGGAGGUGGGCAAGGGAUCCACAGCACACCUGCGCUGCGAGCUGAGCCAGGUGGGCACCAGUGUGGAGUGGCGCAAGGGCUCCCUGCAGCUCUUCCCCUGUGCCAAAUACCAGAUGGUUCAGGAGGGCCUGGUAGCGGAGCUCCUGAUUCAUGACGUGGAGCAGGAGGACGCCGGUCUGUACACCUGUGACACGGGUCACAUGCAGAGCACAGCUGCCCUCUCUGUCCAGGUCCCCAGACCCAAGUUCAAGACGGAACUGCAGAGUGCAGAGCAGGUGGCUGGUGGUGUGGCUCGACUUCAGUGCCAGCUGAGUGAUGUGGAGCCUGGGGCCCCUGUGCAGUGGCUCAAGGAGGGCGUGGAGCUUCAUGGGGGCACCAAGUACGAGAUGCGGCGCCAGGGGGCCAUGUGUGAGCUGCUGGUCCACGGGCUGGAUGCUGCAGACACCGGCGAGUAUGCCUGUGUGGUGGGCAGCCAGAAAAGCCUGGCCUCCAUCAAGGUCAAAGAGCCUGAGGUCACCAUUGUACGGGGGCUGGUGGAUGCGGAGGUGCAGGCAGACGGGGAUGCUGAGUUCACCUGUGAGGUGUCGUGCGCUGAGGCUGGAGCCGUGGAGUGGCGCCUGCAGGGCCUGCCGCUGCAGAACAAUGACGUGACAGAGAUAUCCGUGAGAGGGGGCUGCACCCACACGCUGCGGCUCAAGGGUGUGACACCCGAGGAUGCAGGCACCGUCUCUUUCCACCUGGGUCCACACACGUCCUCCGCUCAGCUCACCGUCCGAGUUCCCGAGGUGACCAUCCUGGAGCCCCUGAAGGACCUGCAGCUCAGUGAGGGUCAGGAUGCCCACUUCCAGUGCCGGCUGUCCCGGGCCUUGGGCCAGGAAGCCCACUGGGCGCUGGGGGGCGUGCCCCUGCAGGCCAACGAGAUGAACGACAUCACAGUGGAACAGGGGGUGCUUCACAAGCUCACCCUGCACAAGGUGACCCCUGAGGAUGCAGGCAUUGUCAGUUUCCAGGUGGGCUCCUGUAGCUGCGAGGCCCAGCUGAAGAUCACAGCCAAGAACACGGUGGUGCGUGGCCUGGAGAACGUGGAGGCCCCUGAGGGCGGGGAGGCGCUGUUUGAGUGCCAGCUUUCGCAGCCGGAGGUGGCGGCACAAACGUGGCUGCUGGACGACGAGCCGGUGCACAGCUCCGACAGGGCCGAGGUCGUCUACUUUGAGGACGGCCUGCGGCAUCUGCUUCUGCUCAAGAGCCUGCGGCCGCAGGACAGCUGCCGCGUGACCUUCCUGGCGGGGGAUGCCGUCACGUCUGCUUUCCUCACUGUCAGAGGCUGGCGCCUCGAGAUCUUGGAGCCCCCUCAGGACGUGUCGGUGCGUGCUGGGGAACAGGCACACUUCCGCUGCACGCUGAGCGAGGCUGUUCCCGUGGGAGAGGUGUCCUGGUACCUCAACGGGGCCGCUGUGCAGCCUGACGACGCCGACUGGACAGUCACGGCGGACGGUAGCCACCAUGGCCUGCUGCUCCGCAGUGCCCAGCUCCACCACGCUGGUGAGGUCACCUUCGCUGCCCGCGAGGCUGUGGCCACAGCACGGCUCAGUGUGCUCGGCCUUCCUGACCCCCCAGAGGAUGCAGAAGUGGUUGGUCGCACUGGCCGCUCCGUGACACUGUCCUGGGUGGCGCCCUCGAGUGAUGGCGGCGGCGGCCUCUAUGGCUAUCGGGUGGAGAUGAAGGCAGCCACCACAGGCGAGUGGCAGCUGUGCCAGGAGCUGGUGCCCGGGCCUGAGUGUGUGGUGGACGGCCUGGCCCCCGGGGAGACCUACCGCUUCCGCGUGGCAGCCGUGGGCCCUGCAGGCGCCGGAGAGCCUGUGCACCUGCCCCAGACUGUGCGGCUCGCAGAGCCAUCAGUACCCAGCCCUGAGAGCCGACAGGUGGCAGCGGGCGAGGACCUGUGUCUGGAGUGUGAGGUGGCCGAGACAGGCGAGGUCACCUGGAUGAAGGGGACAGAGCGUGUCCAGCCCAGUGGGCGUGUCCAGGUUCUGUGCCAGGGCCGGCGGCAGAUGCUGGUGAUCCGGGGUGUCACAGCAGAGGACCAGGGCGAGUACCGCUGUAGCCCAGCCCAGGGCCCCGCACCUGUGGCAUUCCAGGUGCUGUUGACCCCAGGGUCUGGGGCUGAGGCCUCCGCACAGCCCAGCCUGCCCCCCGAGGCUGCCCAGGAGGGAGACCUGCACUUGCUGUGGGAGGCCCUGGCCCGGAAGCGCCGCAUGAGCCGGGAGCCCACGCUGGACUCCAUCAGCGAGCUGCCCGAGGAGGACGGACGCCCGCGGCAGGAGGCUGAGGAUGUGGCCCCUGACUUCUCUGAGGACUACUCCACGGCCGACGAGCUGGCCCGCACCGGUGAGGCCGACCUCUCGCACACCAGCUCUGACGACGAGUCCCGGGCAGGAACUCCUGCCCUGGUCACCUACCUCAAGAAGGCCGGUGGACCUGUGCUCUCACCACUGGCCAGCAAGGUUGGGGCCCCAGCAGCUGCCUCCGCAAAGCCACAGGCGGGGCAGGAGCAGCUGGUUGUGGAGCGCCCUCCUCCGGGAGAUCUGUCUGUGGGGGAUCUGGGCGACCCCUCCCUUGACAAGGCUGCUGUGAAGAUCCAGGCUGCCUUUAAGGGGUACAAAGUCCGGAAGGAGAUGAAGCAGCAGGAGGGGCCCGUGUUCAGCCGCACGUUUGGGGACACAGAGGCACAGGUAGGGGACGUCCUGCGUCUGGAGUGUGUGGUGUCCAGCAAGGCGGACGUGCGGGCCUGCUGGCUGAAGGAUGGCAUGGAGCUGACCGACGGCCGGCACCACCACAUCGACCAGCUUGGGGACGGCACCUGCUCCCUGCUGGUCACCGGCUUGGGCCGUGCAGAUGCUGGCCGCUACACCUGUCAGGUGCUCAGCAGGUUUGGCCAGGCAACCCACAGUGCCCGUGUGACAGUCAGCGGGACGGAGAGCGAGGCCGAGAGCUCCUCGGGGGGCGAACGGGAUGACACCUUCCACCGGGCCGCCCGGCGGCUGCACCGCCUCUUCCGCUGCAAGGGCCCGCUGGAGGUGUCGGAUGAGGAGCUCUUCCUGAGUGCGGACGAGGGCCCUCCCGAGCCCGAGGCCCCUGGAGACUGGCCCACGUACCGUGAGGACGAGCACUCUGUCUGCAUCCGCUUUGAGGCUCUGGCUGAGGCCCAGCAGGCAGCCACACGCUUCCAGGAGAUGUUCGGCACACUGGGCAUCAGGGUGGAGACCCGCGUGCUGGAACAGGGCCCCCGGGGAGUGGAGGUGCAUAUUGGGAAGGUGGCGCCCGGCCCAGCUACCACAGAGGCAGCCCCAGUGUUCCUCACUGAGCUGAAGAAUCAGGAGGUAUUGGAUGGGUACCCCGUGAGCUUUGACUGCGUGGUGACCGGCCAGCCAGUGCCUAGUGUGCGCUGGUUCAAGGACGGGCGGGUGCUGGAGGAGGAUGACCAUUACAUGAUCAGCGAGGACCAGCAAGGCGGCCACCAGCUCAUCAUCACAGCCGUGGUCCCCACAGACAUGGGGGUCUACCGCUGCCUGGCCGAGAACAGUGUGGGCGUGUCAUCCACCAAGGCUGAGCUCCGUGUGGACCUUACCAGCACAGACUACGAUACAGCAGCCGACGCCACGGAGACCUCAUCGUACUUCAGCGCCCAAGGCUAUCAGUCCAGCCGGGAGCAGGAGGGUACGGAGUCCACCUCGGAGGACGGGCAGUUGCCGCAGGUGGUGGAGGAGCUGAAGGAAGUGCAGGUGGCCCCAGGCACACGCCUGGCCAAGUUCCAGUUCAAGGUGAAAGGCUAUCCGGCACCCCAAGUGUACUGGUUCAAGGACGGGCAACCCCUGACCGCCUCCGAGCACAUCCGCAUGACUGACAGGAAGGCGCUGCACACCCUGGAGAUCCUCUCGGUCACCAGAGAGGACGCUGGCCAGUACUCGGCCUACGUCAGCAACACAGUGGGUGCUGCCUACUCCUCCGCCCGGCUGCUGGUCCGAGGCCCAGGUGAACCAGAGGAGGAGCUGACAUCAGGAGUGUACCCGCAGCUGGUGCCUCCCCGCAUCCUGGAGAGGUUCACCUCCAAGAAAGUAAAGAAGGGUUCCAGCAUCACCUUCUCAGUCAAGGUUGAAGGGUGUCCGGCUCCUGUCGUGCACUGGCUGCGGGACGAGGCGGGGCGAGGCGUGCUGUGGAUCGGUCGGGACACGCCGGGAUACACGGUCGCCAGCUCUGGCCAGCAGCACAGCCUUGUCCUGCUGGACGUGGGUGCUCAGCACCGGGGCACCUAUACCUGCAUUGCCACCAACGUCGCUGGCCAGGCCCUCUGCUCUGCUCGUCUGCACAUUUCUGGCUUGCCCAAGGAGACUGAGCCCAUGGAGGACCAGGCCGAGGUGAAGGCUGCUCUCAUCUCUUCCUUCCUGCAGGGGACCCAGGCCGUCUCGGCACAGAUGUCGGGCUCUGUGAGUCUCACCGAACUUGCUGGUCAGAGGAAGGGAGCAUCUCCUGCAGAAGAGGAAGCUCGCGGCCACCUGUCCCUGGCAGAGGUGGGCACAGAGGAGUUCCUGCAGAGACUCACCACCCAGAUCACAGAGAUGGUGUCAGCCAAGUUCACGCAGGCCAAGCUGCAGGUUCCUGGUGGGGACAGCGAUGAGGAGUCCAGGACACCGUCUGCAUCCCCCCGGCACGGCCGCUCCCGUCCGUCCUCCAGCGUCCAGGAGUCAUCUUCGGAGUCAGAAGAUGGGGACUCCCGGGGCGAGAUCUUUGACAUCUACGUGGUCACUGCGGACUACCUACCCCUGGGGGCAGAGCAGGACGCCAUCACACUGCGUGAGGGCCAGUAUGUGGAGGUGCUGGACUCAGCCCACCCGCUGCGUUGGCUCGUGCGGACCAAACCCACCAAGUCCAGCCCCUCUCGGCAGGGCUGGGUGUCCCCUGCCUACCUGGACCGACGGCUCAAGCUGUCACCUGAGUGGGGCCCCACCGAGGCCCCUGAGUUCCCUAGAGAGGCCAUGCCUGAGGCUGAGUACAAGACGCGGUUGAGCUCCACCAUCCAGGAGCUGCUAAGCUCGGAGCAGGCGUUUGUCGACAAGCUGCAGUUCCUAGAGAGCCACUACAUGCAACAUCUCGACCGCUCCCCUCACGUGCCCCCUGCCGUGGCCAGCCAGAAGGCUGUCAUCUUCCGCAACGUGCAGGACAUCAGCCACUUCCACAGCAGGUUUCUUCAGGAGCUGCAGGCCUGUGAAACGGACGACGAUGUGGCCAUGUGCUUCAUCAAGAACCAGGCGGCCUUUGAGAAGUACCUGGAGUUUCUGGUGGGGCGCGUGCAGGCAGAGUCCGUGGUGGUCAGCACGGCUGUGCAGGAGUUCUACAAGAAGUACACGGAAGAGGCGCUGUCGGCGGACCCCUCCCAGCCGCCCCCGCCGCCACUGCAGCACUUCCUGGAGCAGCCCGUGGAGCGUGUGCAGCAGUACCAGGCCCUGCUCAAGGAGCUGAUCCGCAACAAGGCACGGAACAGGCAGGCCUGUGCCCUGCUGGAGCAGGCCUACGCCGUGGUGUCCGCCCUGCCGCGGCGCGCUGAGGACCGACUGCACGUGUCGCUCAUGGAGAACUACCCCGGCACCCUGGAGGCCCUGGGCGAGCCCAUCCGCCAGGGCCACUUCAUCGUGUGGGAGGGGGCCCCGGGCGCACGUAUGCCCUGGAAGGGCCACCACCGGCACGUCUUCCUCUUCCGCAACCACCUGGUGGUCUGCAAGCCCAAGCGGGACUCGCGCACCGACACCUUCAGCUACGUCUUUAGGAACAUGAUGAAGCUCAGCAGCAUUGACCUGAACGACCAGGUGGAGGGGGACGACCGUGCCUUUGAGGUGUGGCACGAGCGUGAGGACUCUGUGCGCAAGUUCCUGCUGCAGGCGCGGACGGCCACCACCAAGAACUCCUGGGUCAAGGAGAUCCGUGGCAUCCAGCAGCGCCUUGCUCUGCCUGUUUGGUGUCCCCCAGAUUUCGAGGAGGAGUUGGCUGACUGCACUGCUGAACUGGGUGAGACGGUGAAGCUGGCCUGCCGUGUGACAGGCACACCCACGCCUGUGGUCAGCUGGUACAAAGAUGGGAAGCCGGUGGAAGUGGACCCUCACCAUAUCCUCAUUGAAGAUCCUGAUGGCUCAUGUGCUCUCAUCCUGGACAAUCUGACUGGUGCAGACUCUGGCCAGUACAUGUGCUUUGCAGCCAGUGCCGCCGGCAAUGCCAGCAGCCUGGGCAAGAUCGUGGUGCAAGUGCCCCCGCGGUUUGUGACCAAACUCCGAGCUAUGCCCUUCGUGGAAGGAGAGGAGGCCCAGGUGACCUGCUCCAUUGAAGGCACCCCGCACCCUCAGAUCAGAUGGUACAAGGACGGAGCCCUGCUGGCCCCCGGGGGCAAGUACCGGAUGCUAAGCGAACCUCGAAGUGGCACUCUGGUGCUCGAGAUCCGGGCAGCUGGCGUGCAGGACCUGGGCCACUACGAGUGUGAGUUGGUGAACCGGCUAGGAUCGACACGCGGCGGUGCUGAGCUGUCUCUGCAGAGCCCGACACCGAGGGUCCGAGAGCAAGUGGCUGCUGUGGAAGUCACUGAGCAGGAGACUAGAGUCCCCAGGAAAACCAUCGUCAUAGAGGAGACCAUCACCACCGUGGUGAAGAGCCCCCGGGGCCGCCGCCGCUCCCCCAGCAAGUCUCCGUCCAGGUCACCGUCCCGGCGCUCUGCCAACCCGUCCGUGCCUGUCCCACCCGACCCGGGGGCUGGCCAGUCCCGCAAGCCUGAGGCAGAAUCCAGCUGGAGGUCCCCUGUGCCCACACUGUAUGUGACAGAGGCUGAGGCCCGCACACCAGCCCGCCUUGGGGGCGCGAGGCCUCAGCCCAAGUGGGUGGAGGUAGAAGAAACGGUGGAAGUUCGGGUAAAGAAGGCCGGAGGCUCACCGGCGCUGCUCUCCGUGCUCCCGGGUGCCACCCCAGAAGGGGACCUCAAUGCCAACAACUCCAACAACACACUGCUGGCCCAGCAGCCCCAGGGCAACCCCGGCAUCUUCCCUGCGGAUGCCAGGUGCCCCUCGAGCACAGAGGAGUCCCCAGAGCUGCUCCCUGUCUGGACAGUGGAAGAGGAGACACCACUGGAGGAGUGGGACCGAGAGCCCCAGGCUGCGGCUGCGCUGCAGGGCCGGCCCCCCAAGAUCCUCACACACCAGGGCCGAGUGCUGACGCUGGCCGACCUGGACGACUACGUGCCCCAGGCGGGGGAGACCUUUGGAUGCGGCCACCCUGCGCCCAGCACCCCGGAUGACCCUCCCUGUGAGGUGUCAGUGCUCCAGAGAGAGGUCCGGGAGCCCAUGGUGGGGCAGCCCGUCGUGCUCAAUGUGGGACGCCCAUCAGGCCCCCGAAGCUUCUUCAGCCACAUCGCCAGGCCUCAGGAGGUGUCUCCAUGGGGGCCCCAGGUCCUGGGCCCAGUGGGUGCCUCCCUGUAUGCACAUGAGGCCCAGGCUGGGGGUGCCUCCUCCUGGAAACCUUCCUUCUGCACCCGGGUCCAACGCUCUGCCGACACCGGCCAGAGCAGCUUCAAAACAGAGGUUUCCACCCAGACUCGCAGCUUUGGGACAGUGGGCGAGAUGGUCACCCUGCACAUCCGGCCUGAUGGGGACGGAGCAGCAGGCCCCUAUAUUGCAGUUACACUCCCAGCUGCCUUGGAGCCCAUGGACCAGGAAGUAGGAGAUGCCCCCAGGACAGUGGAAAGCCCUGAGGCUCCCAGACCGGCUGUAGGGGGUCACGCAGGCCCCAGCCCUGGCCCUGGGGGGCUGCCUGAGCCACAGGCAGCAAGUCCUCAGGGCGUGGGAGCUGCUGCAGCGUCUGCUGAACCCUCCCAGACGGUGCCACAGCCCCUUCCCCACGUGGGCCCGCAGCAUGACUUGGGCACCGAGACCCAGGAACGGAUUGUGCCCAUCCGGAUGGAGGGUGCAGUUUGGCCAGUGACAGGCACAGCAGAACCCCUCUGGGACAUCCACAGCCAUGUGAUCACGGAGACCACCCACAGGACAAUCGUGUAUCAGGCUGGUGACGCAGGGGCUACAAAGCCCCCAUCCAUGCAGGUCACCAUCGAGGAUGUGCAGGUGGAGAGAGGCGGUACUGCCCGCUUCCAGGCAGUCAUUGAGGGCUGCCCACAGCCCACGGUGAAUUGGUACAAGGACAACGUCCUGCUGGCAGAGGGGCCCCGACUGGUCCCACAGCAGGAAGGAACCACCUAUUCUCUGGAGCUGAGGGACGUCGCCCAUAGUGAUGCUGGUGUCUACACCUGCCUGGCCCACAAUGCCGGUGGCCAGGUGCUGUGCAAGGCGGAGCUGCUGGUGCAGGGUGGAGAAGAUGAGCAGGACUUAGAAAAGCAAAGCUUCCGGAGGAAACUGCACUCCUUCUAUGAGGUCAAGGAGGAGAUAGGAAGGGGUGUGUUCGGCUUUGUGAAACGAGUCCAGCACAAAGGGAACCAGAUGUCCUGUGCAGCCAAGUUCAUCCCGCUGCGUAGCAGGACACGGACCCAGGCAUACAGUGAGCGUGACAUCCUGGCUACACUGAACCACCCCUUAAUCACUGGACUGCUGGACCAGUUUGAGACCCGGAAGACCUUGAUCCUCGUCCUGGAGCUGUGCUCAUCAGAGGAGCUGCUGGACCGUCUGUUCAAGAAGAGCGUGGUGACUGAAGCUGAGGUCAAGGUCUACAUCCAGCAGCUGGCCGAGGGGCUGCAUUACCUGCAUAGCCAUGGUGUCCUUCACCUGGACAUAAAGCCCCCCAACAUCCUGAUGGUGCAUCCUGCUCGCGAAGACAUUAAAAUCUGCGACUUCGGCUUUGCCCAGCGAGUGAGCCCGACAGAGCGGCAGUACAGCAAGUAUGGCUGCCCCGAGUUUGUGUCCCCUGAGAUCAUCGAGCAAACGCCCGUGAGCGAGGCUUCUGACAUCUGGGCCAUGGGAGUCAUCUCCUACCUGAGCUUAACCUGCUCAUCUCCCUUUGCGGGCGAGAGUGACCGUGCGACCCUCCUGAAUGUGCUGGAGGGCCGGGUGUCCUGGUCCAGCCCCACCGCUGCCCACCUCAGCCAAGAGGCCCGGGACUUCAUCCAGGCCACGCUGCAGAGGGACCCGCAGGCCCGGCCCAGCGCUGCCACCUGCCUGGCGCACCCCUGGUUCCAGAAAUCCGUGCCCGCGGAAGAGGCUCACUUCAUCAACACCAAGCAGCUCAAGUUCCUCUUGGCACGCAGCCGCUGGCAGCGCUCCCUGAUGAGCUACAAGUCCAUUCUGGUCAUGCGCUCCAUCCCCGAGCUGCUCCAGGGCCCACCCGACAGCCCGUCCCUCGGGGUGGCCCGGCACCUGCGAAGGGACACCAGUGCCUCCUCCAGCUCAUCGUCCUCUUCUGAUACGGAGCUCGCGCCCUUCGUCCGGGCCAAGUCCCUGCCCCCUUCGCCAGUGACCCACUCCCCGCUGCUGCACCCCCGGGGUUUUCUGCGGCCCUCGGCCAGCCUCCCCGAGGAGGCUGAGGCCGGCCCGCCCGCCGAGCCCCCGCAGGCUGGGCUCCAGGACACCAUGCCGCCGGCCAUCCCCGGCUGCGUGCCCCGGCAGAGCAUCAUCCGCAGCCUGUUCUACCAGCAGGCAGGGGAGGGCCCGGGCUCGGGCAGCCGGCGGCACCCGGCCCGGCGGCGGCACCUGCUCAAGGGCGGCUACUUUGCGGGUGGCCUCCCUGGCUUGCGGGAGCCCCUGCUGGAGCACCGUGUGCUGGAGGAGGCUGCUGGGGAGGAGCAGGCCGGCCCGCUGACCUCGGAGACCACUGGCCAGAGCCUCUGCACUGAGGCCAGCUGUGAGGGGCACUGUGCUGCCCCAGCUCCCUCAGGCCUCCAGGGGGAUGGCCGGCCAGGUGGACUUGCACUGGGGGGUGCUGCCCCAGCUCUAUUUCCACUCGCCAGUGGCGCUGGGGGCUCCCUUCAGCAGCACGGGUCAGUCCAGGACAGCCAGGGGGGGCAGCCCCCACCACCUCUGGGCUGUGAGCCCCCUGCAGCUGUCAAACCACUCUGCCCUGGCUCCGUUCCCCCAGAGACCUGCCUGGCACCCUCCAGUCUCCUCUCUGGGGAGGGCACCCCCUCCCUGAGUCCGGCUGGCCCUCAGCUGGGACCUGUCCCAGGGACACCGGCGCCCCCUCUGGGCAUGGAGCCCGGCUCCUCCCUGGAUGAGGACUUGGCCGAGGAGGAGUCUGUGCUCAACCCCCCUCGGCCCCAGGAGGCAACAACACGCAAGUUCUCCCUGGGCUUUCGUGGGGGCUACGCGGGGGUGGCGGGCUACGGUACCUUUGCCUUUGGGGGGGAUGCAGGGGGCAUGUUGGGGCAGGGCCCCCUGUGGGCCAGGAUGGCCUGGGCCACCUCCCAGUCGUCUGAGGAGCAGGAUGAGGUGGGGACCAAGAGCCUCCCAGCAGCCUCGGAGACCCUGCCAGAGAGCAGUAGCUCACCCCCCAGGGCCUCCCCAGAGCCCGGCUUGUGGGAAGACUGUGGCCAGGGCCCUGCUGUGUCACUGGUGCAGAUCCGGGACCUGUCAGGUGACUCGGAGCUGGCUGACACUCUGUCCCUGGACAUCUCGGAGGUGGAGCCCGCCUACCUCAAUCUGUCCGACUUGUAUGACAUCAAGUACCUCCCCUUCGAGUUCAUGAUCUUCAGGAAGGUCCCCAAGCCAGCAGUGCAGGAGCCGCCCUCCCCCGACUCCGAGGCUGGGGAGGAGCUGGCCGAGAGCCUGGGAGCCCCCUGGCCCUGGCUGGGCCCAGGAGACCUGGAAAUCUCCGAGGAGGCAGACGACAUGCAGGCCCUGCUCGGAGAGAUCUCUGGCAGCAGGAAGCGCAGGUGGUCCCCCCCGUCCCACGGCCUCCUGCAGGCGCUGCCAGAGGAGCCGGUGGAGCUGGGGCUGCGCCGCAGGGUCAGGGACUCAGUGGCCCACAUCUCUCGCCUCCUGAGGGGCAGGCUCCAAGGGCCAGAGAAGGAGGGGCCCCCCAGGAAGAAGCCAGGCCUAGGGUCCUUACAGCUGAAGAGCAGAGACCAAGCACCGUUGUUCAUUAGGGAACUUGUGGAUGAGACUGUGGUCCUGGGCCAGUCAGUGACUCUCGCCUGCCAGGUACUGGCACAGCCAGCCGCACAGGCCACCUGGAGCAAAGAUGGGGUCCCCCUGGAGAGCAACAGCCGCCUGCUCAUCUCCUCCACGCUGAAGCACUUCCAGUUGCUGACCAUCCUGGUGGUGGGCGCCGAGGACCUCGGCACGUACAGCUGCAGCGUGAGCAACGCGCUGGGCUCGGUGACCACCACAGCCGUCCUGCGGAAAGCAGAGCGCCCCUCGUCCUCCCCGCGCCCGGACAUUGGGGAGGUGUAUGCCGACGGCGUGCUCCUGGUGUGGAAGCCCGUGGAGAGCUGUGGGCCCGUGACCUACACUGUUCAGUGCAGCAUGGAAGGGGGCGGCUGGAACACGCUGGCUUCGGAUAUCUUUGACUGCUGCUACCUCACCGGCAAGCUCCCUCGGGGCGGCCUGUACACUUUCCGGACGGCCUGCGUGAGCAAGGCGGGCAUGGGCCCCUACAGCAGCCCCUCGGAGCAGGUCCUCCUGGGGGGUCCCCGCCACCUGGCUCCUGAGGAGGAGAGUGGCCCCACACGGCCAGCCCAGCUGCUGCCCAGUGCACAGACCUUCGCCUUCCAGACGCAGAUCCGAAGGGGUCGCUUCAGUGUGGUGAGGCAGUGCCGGGAGAAGGCCAGCGGACGGGCACUGGCCGCCAAGAUCAUCCCCUACCGGCCGACGGACCGAGCAGCAGUGCUGGGCGAGUACCACGCCCUCAAGGCCCUGCGCCACCCGCACUUGGCCCAGCUGCAGGCGGCCUACCUCAGCCCCCGGCACCUGGUGCUGGUCUUGGAACUGUGCUCUGGGCCGGAGCUGCUCCCCUGCCUGGCGCAGAGGGACUCCUACUCGGAAUCCGAGGUGAAGGACUUCCUGUGGCAGAUGCUGAGUGCUGCCCAGUUCCUGCACGCCCAGCGCAUCCUGCACCUGGACCUCAGGUCUGAGAACAUGAUCGUCACCGAGUACAACCUGCUCAAGGUGAUUGACCUGGGCAGUGCCCAGAGCCUCGCCCAGGAGCGGGUCCGGCCCUCCGAGAGCUUCAAGGACUACGUGGAGACCAUGGCUCCGGAGCUCCUGGAGGGCCAGGGUGCCGUCCCACAGACUGACGUCUGGGCCAUCGGGGUCACGGCCUUCAUCAUGUUGAGUGCCGAGUACCCUGUGAGUGGGGAGGGUCCACGGGACCUUCAGAAAGGCCUGCGCAAGGGGCUACUCCGCCUUAGCCACUGCUACGCAGGGCUGUCGGGGGGCGCCGUGGCCUUCCUCUGCAGCACGCUCUGCGUGCACCCCUGGGGCCGGCCGUGCGCGACCAGCUGCUUGCAGUGCCCGUGGCUGACUGAGGAGGGCCCUGCCAGCCCCCAGCCCACAGCUGUGGCCUUCCCCACCUCGCGGCUGCGAGCCUUUGUGCGGGAGCGUGAGAAGAGGCGGGCGGUUCUGUCCAAGAAGUACAGCCUGGGCCUUCGCUAAGACCCAGUCUUGCCCCAACACGCCAAUAAAGCAGACUCAGAUAAGG